CGAAGCGGCCACCCGGAUGGUGGUUUACAUAAGCGGACGCCUCACUACGUUAAUUCACAUGCGAGCGCUUGUGAGCGGUGGUAUGGGGCAUAAUACAGCUUUUCCUCCAUGCACUGACCACAUAGUACUCUCGAAACUCGUCUUUCUCUGCCUUCAUCACCCCAUUCAUUCUUGACAUGGAGGCAGCAUCCAACCCAUUAUCUUGGGAUAGCAUACCCUCAAUGCCCCCGUCUGCGACGCGAGCAGUAAAGGAUAUCACGUUCGGGAGUAUCGCAGGCAUGGUCUCCAAAGUUUUUGAACACCCAUUCGACUUGACGAAAGUGCGAUUACAAUCACAAGUCCUCGAUACCACCGCUAGAUUCAAUGGACCAAUAGACUGUCUUGUUAAAACAUGGAAAAACGAGGGCGUUAGAGGUCUUUACCGCGGCCUUCCGGCGCCAAUAGUGGCUGCCAUGCUAGAGAAUGCUUCAUUAUUCCUGUCAUAUAGCGAACUUCAAGACGUGAUACGACGGAUCAAUUCUCAGCCUUUGUCGCACGAUCUUUCGUUGCCUCAGCUUGCAUUGGCUGGUGCAGGCGCAGGCGCCAUCACUAGUUUCUUACUCACACCGGUGGAACUUGUAAAAUGUAAAAUGCAAGUACAGAUGAUUGCUCCCAAGCCGCUUUCAGUCUCGAUACCUGAAUCCACUGCUGCAGCAGCCCUAGACUCGAGCGCGGCACCCAUUUCUCGCACCCUUCCCGGUCCUAUAGCCGUUCUCAUGUCCGUCAUCCGCGCAGAAGGCCUCCGCGGCCUUUGGCUUGGCCAAACUGGCACCCUCAUCCGUGAAUGCGGUGGCGGAGCUGCAUGGUUCGCCACGAAAGAGUUCGUCGGAACAAAGCUAAUAAAGCAGCGCGGCUCCGAGCUUACACGGAAAGACAUCCUCCCAUGGGAAUCUGCGUUGUCUGGUGCAUGCGCAGGCGGAAUAUUCAACUUUUCCAUGUUCCCCGCCGACAGUAUCAAGAGUACGAUGCAAACCGAGGAAGACUUGCGUCCUCGAGGCAGUAAUGCUCCGAAGCCAACGUUCCUCGGCACCGCAAAAGCAAUGUACAGGGCGCAGGGUGUGAAGGGGCUUUACGCUGGAUGCGGUAUCACUGUUGCUCGAUCAAUACCUAGUAGCGCGAUUAUAUUCCUGAUUUACGAUGGCCUAAGUAGCCGUUUUGGGUAGUAGAAUGGGCACGAGAUUAAAAUAUUGCUGACCUCUCGUGCAUUGCCUUGAUGUCAAUGUUAACUUUACGUGACAUGAUCUACACGGCUGAAUCUAUCCAUUGGAACUUUGUUGGAA